GACUACUACUGCAGCGAGAGGAAAGAGAAAAAGGAAAGGAAAGGACAAAGGAGCGGCGGCGAGGUCUAUGGCGUCGACGGCGGGGUACCUGGCGCGGCGGGCGGCGCAGAAGGAGCGGGUGCGCCUGCUCUACCGCAGGGCGCUCAAGGACACGCUCAACUGGGCCGUCCACCGCCACCUCUUCUACCAGGACGCGUCGGAUCUCCGGGACAAGUUCGAGGCCAACCGACACGUGGAUAACCUGGACGUGGUCGAUAGGCUCAUUGACGAUGCGGAGGCUCAGUACAGGAACUUCCAGCACCCCGAUCCCUACAUUGUUCCAUGGGCACCAGGCGGCACUAAAUUCACAAGAAACCCCCCUCCACCUCAAGGGAUCGAGAUCAUCUACAAUUAUGGCAAGGAGGACCAGUAAACAAGAGUCCUGCAAGCGGGGGGCAGAACUUCCACAGUUCCAAAUCACUUCCUGUUUAAUCGAGUUGUUGUACGAGAAAUAAGAAUGGAAAUUACUGGACUCCAUCCAUGCUUCUCAUUUGCUUGUUCUGAUAAUCAUGUGCUCUUCAUCUAGUGCAUAUUGAAGUCAUGUUUCCUGUCAUAAAAUGGAACUGUACUAUCUUUGUCGUGCAGUUUAAACUGACCGCCGGCAUCUCAGUUUUUUUCUUUGGU